AAGCAUCCACACAAUUAAAAUAAAAACCCUUUUGUGAGCAGAAACGUCUGAUUGACAUACAGAUAAACCCCAGAGACACUGCAGGGUGUCAGAUGCUCCAAAAAAACCUCUACCUUUCCCUCCCUCUCUGCCUUUUCUUCCUCUCCACACAGAACAGGUCCCCACAGAGAACGCCGGCGUCUCAUUGGCUGGCUCAUCACAGGAGUGGAUGGGAGAGAGAUAGAGUAGCGAGGGGGCGAAAAAGCUCAAGAAGAUGCAACUACUCUGCCGUGGCAGUAGUAUCACACCUCACAGUCCGCCGGGCUGAAGGAUGCUGGAGCGCGUUCGGGAUGACAAAAGCUCCUCAGCUCUCUGAGAGAUGCAGACGAGCAUCUGAUCUCACCUGGACUUCUUCAGAACAGAGCAGCUGUCUGUGAUUGCCGAUUUCAAUUCCUCGGAGCUGAGAGAAUUUGCACGAAGGGAAGGUUGGUUUGAUAUACUGUAAAUGUGCCACUCUCCGCUCUGCACCAGCCUGUCGCCCUUAAGGUCGGCUGAGACUCCCGGGACGCUUCCAGCUGUGCCUCUGAGAUGGUGUGAGAAGCAGCCCGCUCUUGGCCGCCCCACAUCUGGGUCAAGAUGCCCGUAAUGAAGGGCCUCCUGGCCCCACAAAACACCUUCCUGGACACCAUCGCCACGCGCUUCGACGGCACCCGUGUGCCUUUCUGGUGUCUGCUGGACAUCGUUCCCAUAAAGAAUGAGAAGGGGGAGAUGGUCCUCUUCCUCUUCUCCUUCAAGGACAUCACUGACACUUAUGGGAAAGGACAUCACAGCAAUAAAAAUGACGCUGCAGAGGACAGGAGGCAAAGGAGGAGGAGCCACUCUCACUUCAGUAAGGCCAGGAAGCGAGGACGCACCAUGCUGUACCAACUGACCAGCCAUUUCUCCAGAGGGGGCAAAGGAGAUGUCAACCUGGGUGGAAACAUGGUGGACAAGCCGUCCAUCCCCGAGUACAAAGUGGCGGCGGUGCAGACGUCUCGCUUCAUUCUGCUCCACUACAGCGUCUCCAAGGCCCUGUGGGAUUGGUUGAUCCUGCUGGCCACCUUCUACGUGGCUGUUACCGUCCCCUACAACGUCAGCUUCACGCCGCACGAUGACGCCGUCACGGCCGCGCGCUCCACCAUCGUCAGUGACAUCGCCGUGGAGAUGCUCUUCAUCAUCGACAUUAUCCUGAACUUUCGCACCACCUACGUGAGUCAGUCAGGCCAGGUGGUGUACGAAGCCCGCUCCAUUUGCAUCCACUACGCCACGACUUGGUUCUUUGUGGACUUGGUUGCAGCUCUUCCCUUUGACCUGUUAUAUGCCUUCAACAUCACAGUAACCUCGUUGGUCCACCUGCUAAAGACGGUGCGUCUGCUGCGACUCCUUCGUCUUCUGCAGAAGCUUGACCGCUACUCCCAGUACAGCGCCAUGGUGCUGACCCUACUGAUGUCAGUGUUUGCCCUGCUGGCGCACUGGAUGGCCUGUGUCUGGUACAUGAUUGGACGCAAGGAAAUCGACACCAACGAGACGUGGGAAAUUGGAUGGCUCCACGAGCUGGGGAAGCGACUGGAGACGCCCUACGUGAACAGCACGGCAGGCGGUCCCACCGUGCGCAGCUCCUACAUCGCCGCCCUGUACUUCACCCUCAGCAGCCUGACCAGUGUGGGCUUCGGAAACGUCUGUGCCAACACCGACGCCGAGAAGAUCUUCUCCAUCUGCACCAUGCUCAUCGGCGCUCUCAUGCACGCUGUGGUCUUUGGUAACGUCACCGCCAUCAUCCAGCGCAUGUACUCCCGCCGAUCCCUCUACCACACUCGCAUGAAGGACCUGAAGGACUUCAUCCGAGUGCACCGCCUCCCUCAGCAGCUCAAACAGCGCAUGCUGGAGUACUUCCAGACAACAUGGUCAGUCAACAACGGCAUCGACGCUAACGAGCUCCUGCACAACUUUCCUGAUGAGCUGAGGGCCGACAUCGCCAUGCACCUGAACAAGGAUAUCCUCCAGCUGCCCGUCUUUAAGGGGGCCAGUCGUGGCUGUCUGCGCUCGCUCUCCCUUCACAUAAAAACCUCUUUCUGCGUACCGGGGGAGUACCUGAUCCGGCAGGGUGACGCUCUGCAUGCCAAUUACUUUGUCUGCUCCGGGUCUCUAGAGGUGUUGAAGGAUGACAUGGUGUUGGCUAUAUUAGGAAAAGGAGACUUAAUUGGAUCGGAUUUGCCUGGGAGUGAGCAGGUGAUCAAGACCAACGCGGACGUGAAAGCCCUCACCUACUGCGAUCUCCAGUACAUCAGUGUACGCGGACUGAGAGAGGUGCUGGAACUGUACCCCGAGUAUGCAAGCGUGUUUGCCUCGGACAUCCACAACAACCUGACCUACAACCUGCGUGAAGGCAGCCAGGGCGAGGGCUUAAACAGAUUUUCCAGGUCACCAAGACUUCACCAUGAGUCCAGGCUGCCAUCUAUUGUGGAGACCAAAGGCAGUGGCAUCUCGGACGACUCCUUCCACCUCUCUCCAACCGCUCGCUCUCGCCGGAACCUCCUGCUCCCAAACUUCACCAGCCCCGUCCGCCGCACCUCCCUGGGGAACCUGCUGGGGGACGAGCUGCGGCAGUUCAACGCUCUCAGACGCUGCCGCUCGCCGAACCUCAGCCGAGGUUUCCUCGGUCAGAGCCCUCAACCACCUUCAAAGAAGGAGCACAGCAACUCUGGCUCCGCCUCCAAUUUAUCCAAAGGACAGUCGGAGCCUGAGCAGAAGCCGUCCAAGCUGCUCAUCCCCACUUUAACCUGCUCGGCACCCCCAGAUCUCAGCCCAAGGGUUGUAGAUGGCAUCGAAGACAACGGGCACACGUUUCAUUUCACUGUGGAACACAGCGGGCCCGGUGCCAGCGCCGGCGGCACCACCCACGAGUCCAGACAAGCCAACGCUGCUCUGCUGUUGGAAACUGAGGAAGUCCGGCAAAGCAUUAACCAGCUCAACGUAAAGAUGGGCAAAUUAAACCAGGAAGUAUCGGAGCUGACCAAAGGCCUUCACCAAAUGAUGCAUCUUCUAGAGGGUCACCUGUCUGUCCGUCAGUACAGGGCGUCUAUACCCUCCUGCUCUUGUUCUCUCCAACUGGUGUCCAGUCCUGCAACACUCAACAAAACUUACAGACCAUCUAAUUCUGCUUCCUACUGCCUUCAAAGUGAAGCUAAAAUCCCCCAAACCUCGCUGGAUCAAAGUGAGUUGGGCGGAGAGCUUUGGAGUCACAGUGGGAUGACUGACUCCCAAACUGGGAGUCAUCAACCCUUUUGUCAAUCAAACAACCAUCAACCACUUUCCAAAAACCCUGUAGGUCUGUGUCUUAGCUGUGAGAGGGUGACUUCACAUCAAUGGAUGAGUCCACCUCUACUUCGUAUCAGUUCAGACUACCAAGCAGGAAGUCCUCACACACCGAACAAGGUUUCAAGAGCUCCCAGUCCUGAUCCGACGACCAGCCACUCCCCUUCCAUCUUGUGCUCGCAGCCUCCCAGUGAUGACGAUGAAUACUCUUGCCUUUUGCCCAACGCUCCUACAAGUACAUCCACACUACUGGAGCCACCAGCCACAAAUGAAACUGUCAGCAGUGAGAAAUCCCCUCCAUCGUCUCACACUCUGACCCAAGAUACGGCUAUUUUACAAAUCGAUGACUUGCCCCAGUCUCCUCACCCCAUCUUCACCGCUGCACCUUUGCUCCACUCCAAGCCAUCUUCUCUGGAUACGGAAUUACCACUGGAUGUCUCCUGUCUCCCAUUGGGUGACCCGUCCACGCUGGAGCACAACAGUUUGGAGUGUUUUCUGGGAAACAGAGACUCCACGGAGAGCAGGGACAGCGGCAGCGCGUCCUCUCGAAGAUCAAGCAUCGGUGUCCAGACUAAGAGCUCUGAGCAGUCCUGGUGCUUGGACCUCAACGAGUGAGGUGUUGGGCGGACUGGAAGAAAGCAGGACUCAGAGAGGCUUGUGUUUGUCAUCUACAGCUACUUACAGUAUUCAUAGAGAUUUUGCUAAAGGUCAGAGAAGGUGCUCUAUUUCCUACUCUUCUUCUUGGGCUCUCACUAUUGUCUUUCUAUGCAAAAGCAUGCAUUUGAGCAUUACCUUGGCUGCACUUGUGUUUCCUUAACAAAAUCUCUACAACAGCAGUUGCAGUAUGAGUUGUAUCUUUUCUAUAUGGCGUUUUGAUCUUACCUUUUGCACGGUAAAGUAUUUUUACUCUUUUUUUUCCCAAGGAAAAGCCUUCCAGAUCAAUGUGUGAGCAUUCUACAUGUUUGUGUUCACUGAUACUGCAUUUGUAUGGCAGAUAAGUCAGUUAAGUUAUUUAAAGGAACAAAAAUGUCUAUUUUCUUUGCUUGUUGGAAAUACCCACCAAAUCAUCUUAAAAAUUGCCUUUUGAACAUUUUUUUCUUCGUUUUGUUUCACUAUUUUAAGAAUUCAAGCCUAAAUUUUAUCAACUAGUACACGAAAUAUAAUUAAUUCUAGCUAUAAGUCCAGUUAAAAAAAUCCCCUUUGAUGCUUGAAGUAUAAAUGAAUGUCUUUACUCUUUUUCAAUUGAUGAUAAGCACAAAAUUGUUCCUUUAGUUUAGAAACUGUUCAAAUAUUUUUAAACACCUGUAAUGAACUUGCUGCUGUUAAAUUAAUGUAUAAAUAUAUUUAAGGAAAUGUCCAUUUAAAUAUUUAAGGCCUGUUUGUUUGCAAAAUGUGAAUGAAAGACAUAUAUUGAUAUAUAUAAGAAUCUUUUUAAAUGAGUUUUAUUUUGGUUGAUAAAGUAAAUAUGCAGGAAAUGUU